AUGGAGAAAAGCCUAAACUGCUCAUUUACCGGACUAGCAGCAGAGCAUCAGGGACUCCAAGUCGUUUUACAGGCAGUGGAUCAAACUCUGACUUCACUCUGUCCAUCAGUGGAGUUCAGGCUGAAGAUGCUGCAGUUUAUUACUGUCAGAGUUUCCAUGUUAUCAACAGUCAGCAUGUGUUCACACAACUUCACUCUGAUCAUCAGUGGAAUUCAGGCUGAAGAUGCUGCAGUUUAUUACUGUCAGAGUUUCCACUACAUCAACAGUUCAUCAGCAGAAAUCACUCUGACUCAGACUCCCGGAUCUCAGUCUGUUUCUCCAAGACAAACGCUCUCCAUCAAAUGUAAAUCCAGCAGACUUAUAGGAGAUGACAUCAACUGGUAUCUUCAGAAAUCAGGAGAAGCUCCAAAGCUUCUGAUUUAUGAUACAACAGCACGUCAGUCUGGAGUUCCAGAGCGUUUUAGAGCAAAAGCAGAGCAGACUGACUUUACUCUGACAAUCAGUGGAGUUGAGCCUGAAGAUGCAGGAGUUUAUUACUGUCAGCAGCAUAACAGCUUUCCGUUCACACAAGGUCAGGUCACAGUGACUCAGCCUGGAGCCGUGAGCUCUGCUGUGGGGGGCUCCGUCACCAUCCCAUGCAAAACCAGUCAGAACGUUUAUGUUUAUAACAGCUACCACCUGUUAGCCUGGUACCAACAGAGAGAUGGAGAAAAGCCUAAACUGCUCAUUUACUCUGCUAGCAGCAGAGCAUCAGGGACUCCAAGUCGUUUUACAGGCAGUGGAUCAAACUCUGACUUCACUCUGACCAUCAGUGGAGUUCAGGCUGAAGAUGCUGCAGUUUACUACUGUACAGGGGAAUUUGAUGCAAGCAAUUUUAAUUUAAAUUUUGUUUUUCGUUUGUUUCUGUAUAAAAUGUCCACCAACGCGGGCUCCUCCGCCUCUGUCGGGUUUUAUUCCAAGCUGAUUGACAAUGAGGGCACCUAUGACGAGUUAAGCCGCGGGCCAGAUGUGCAGCACAGCGAUGGUCUGGUGCCCCAUGUUGCAGCGACGUCCAGGCUGAGCAGGCCCGGGCUGUUCCGCCUCACCACCAUCGGCCUGUCUGUGCUCUGCGCUGUCCUGCUGAUCUCCAUCAUCGCUGUUGCUGCAGGCUAUAAAAAUAAAACUCAGGGCAGUGGCGAUGCGAGCUUAACUUCAAACCUCACAGCUCUGAAAGCCUCCAUUGACAAACUGCAGCAGGAAAAUCAGCAGCUACAGAAAGAGAAGGAAGAACUGCUGGCCAAACCGACCGCCAAGGCGUCCACAAAAGCUCCUGCUGCCAUCGAGCCAACACCAAAGACGACUCAGGCCCAAAUCGUGUGUCCCAUGGACUGGCAUCUCUUCCAAAGCAACUGUUACCUCAUCUCCAGGCAGACAAGGAAUUGGAAAGAGAGCCAGGCGUACUGUCAACGCCAAGGAGCUUACCUGGCCGUCAUCCUCACGGCUGAGGAGCAGACUUUUCUCUGGGAUCUUCUUCCCAGAGGGCACUGGAAUGCCUACUGGUUUGGAAUAACUGAUGGAGAAACUGAGGAUCAAUGGAAAUGGAUCGACGGCACUCCGCUGGUUGGAGGUUUCUGGGAAGAUGGCGAACCCAACAAUCACAUCAACGAAGACUGUGGCUACAUUGUGAAAACGAGUGUACUGGAGCGGGUGGCGAUCAAGAGCUGGAUCGACGCCCCCUGUGAGAUGUACUUGCCCUUCAUCUGUGAGAAAGAGAUGAAUUCUGGUACCAACUCCAAUACGCCACAGUGAGAUGACACAAAGGUCCAAUCCUCUGACAAUUAAGAAACUCAGACAGACGAGUUUUUUGUUGGUGAUUGUUAAAAAGAUAUAUAAUUACUUCAGACGUCAAACUUAAGUUGUUAUUAUGAUUUAAAAUACUAUCUUUUCUCAUAAGACACUGUACAUUUGCAAAAUAGGGACAUAAAUGGUGAAAUUCUAAAGCAUUUUCCUGUUGCUAGACUCACUGACUGUGCAUUCAUUAGGCUUGACUUGUUCAGUUUCCUUACCCGUUUUAUUUUUCUUAAAUUUGUAUCUUUUUUUUUUCUGUCGCUCAUGCUUUGUUGUUUAUCUUAAUAAUCUUUCUAAAUCUGGAGAACAACAUGCGGUGAACAAUCAACAUGUCACAGUAUGUCUAAAUGUGAUCUCUAUGUUUUGCUGAAGUGAUAUAGAUUUGUGUUUGAAGUAUUAACAUGCCCUUACUUGUUUAGGUGGGAGGUUGCUAUGUAGUGUGCUCUGUUGCCUAUGCAGAAAAGCUAUUCCAAAAACUUCAAAUGAACCUCUAAGAUAAGACAGAAUCACAUAGAGAAACUCAUCCUUUCUGCAGUGUGGCUGUUGCCCAGCAGACGGCAGCACUAAUUCAGGUAACCAACACUAUGCUUGAUCCGUGGAAGUCUGUAAACUGCAACUAAGGUAAUUUUUAGUGCGCUGUGACAAGCUAAAAAUUGCUAUUAACUCGAGAAGUAUUACAUGGAAAAAAUAUUAUUCCAUUAGCAAAAAAGCAAAUAUCCUUUAAAAUGAGGAGUUGAAGCUGUUUAACAUUGAAGCUUUCUAUAGAAGAGACUUAAGUCUUCCUAUUCAUACUCUUAUGAUUAUUCUUUUAAAAAUGUUGUCAGGUUUAAUCAUAUAUUGUUUAUUUUCAUAUUUUUCAUUAAGAUAAACUUAUUAAUGAUGUGUUUCACCAAAUGGAAAAUGACAACAUUAAAUAAACUUUAAAUUUUUUGCCUGCCA